AUGGAAAAAACCCCCAAAGGCGAAGCAAAACGAAGCAAGGGUUUGUGUGGGCGGGCACAGUAUAGACAGACAGAAGGAGCUUGGUAUCCUUCAGUUUCAAUUUCAAUGGGUAGUAGCAGUGCUGUAGAGAAAAGCGAGGAAGAGCUCCAACGAGAGAUCGAUGAACUCCAUCGUCAACAACGCCAGAUUACGGAGCGCCUUCGUGAUCCUCGGGGACUUCGACGGGGAGCUUCUUCCGCCGCCGCCGCUCCUCGCAACUUCGCUGCUAACGGUGCUCGUCACCGUGGCUUUGGUCGACCGGCUGAUAGGAACGAUGCAGAAGACCAACCUCCUGCUAAACGGCGACUUUUGUCUGCUGUUGUUAAGGUGGAGGAAGAUGGAGAGAUUGUUGAGGAUCCUGCCACAGCAGAGGAUGUAAAGAAGAAGCAAUUGGCUGAUGAAGGAAAUGUUGGCCCUGCUAUAGGAACCCAGAGCGAUGGAAAGCCUUCCAAGUUGCAGCAAAGUGGUUGGUCUAGGAGAGAUGUCAAUCAAAGAGUAGUGCAGAGGGUAAAGGACGAGGUCGAAAUUCCACAGAUUGAGCCUCUUCCAAGGGUGUUACCUAAGAACCAGGAUCCAAGUUUGGUUAGCAGAAACAAAAGAAUGCUGGGGCAACUCUUAGGUACUCUGGAGACCAAAGGGGAAGAAGAAGAAGAAGCUAGGGUUUUGAAAAAUCCUGAAGCUGAAUAUGGUAGAGGGAGUGCUGGGGCGUUAGACUCAACUUCUAUUGUAUCAAGUGUUUCAGUAGUUAGAAGAGCAAGAAGUAAGAAAUGUAUUGAAGCUGCCAUCCGUAUUUUUCCCUUGCCCUUAAACAAAGAACAAAGGAAAUUCAAAUUGCCAGUUUGGUUGAUACCAAAUGCAAAUUUAUCACGAAUCGAUCUGGAUCAUGGUCAAAGGGGUAGCACAAUCUCAGUAGCCAUGGGUAUUCAGGAAUCUUAUGAGAGAAUGUGUACAGGGUCGUGUUUCAUAGCUGAGCAAAAAGCACGUGAAGAAAGUGAAAGGCUAAGGCAACAAGAGCGUGAACAAAUUGCUGAACAAAGGAGGAAAGAUCUGACACUAAGAGCACGCAUUGCUGCAAAGGCUGAAGAAAAGAAGUUGGAAUUGCUGUUUCUUCGUUGGAGUGAGCAUCACAAAAAACUUACCAAUUUUAUAAGGACUAAGGCACAACCUCCAAUUUAUUAUUUGCCUAAAAAGCCAUUGGAAAAAGAUGCAACCUUACUUGACCAGCAAAGAGAACAGGCGUUUUUAGAAUGGAAGGCUGCUAGGAGAGAUGAAUUAUCUGAAUAUCAGAAGCAGAUUGGGGAUCAGCAGCUUAGCUAUGUCGAGAAGGAGUUGGAGAGGUGGCAAAAUGCAAGAAAAGCAAGGAGAGCAAACAAUGAUGCAAACUUGCAAGAAACAAUGGACAAAGAAUUGGAUACCCACAGGCUUGAGCAUGGUCCCAAGACAAGAAAGAUACCUGGUGGAAGCAACAAUGAAGACGAGGAUGAUGUCGAGGAUAUCAAUGUUGGGGAGGAUGACUUGAUGGAUGAUGUGCUGGAGGUUGAUGAUAACAGGAGGGUUGAUGAAGCAGCCCAGCCAGAACACAAUGAUACCAGCCCCCUCCGGAUCACGAAACACUUGCAAAUGGAAACUGAGCCAAAGGGAGGAAAAGAUGUAACGAGGGGAAAGGAAAUUUACCCUCUCCUUGGUGAAAACGGAGAAAAAGGAAAGUAG